AUGUCGCUUUGCAUUCACGUGGCCCUCCUGAGCGGGAAUCAGGUGCAUGUUCAGCUGGAGCCGAGCUGCACCGUCGAGGUGCUCAUGGAGCAGUCGCAGCAGCAGCUCGGAGCAAUUGUGAACAGACUCAUGGGCGAGGACGGGAGAGCGCUGCACAGGACAGCUACCAUAGCUGAAGUGGGCCUCCAUGACAUGGAAACGGUCUUUGCUUUGCUGGGGCAAGAGGCAGUGGCGGCUUCUGGGUAUGCCUUCGCUAAAAUCUUUGCGGGUGGCUCUGUCGUAACAUGGGGUAGCGAUGCUUGGGGUGGGGACAGUGGAGUGGUGCAGCCGCUGUUGAUGGAGGUAGCACGUGUGCAAGCGACAGAGCGCGCCUUUGCCGCCAUCCUGCGAAACGGAGCUGUGGUCACCUGGGGUUCCCGUGCCUUUGGAGGUGGAUGCAGGUCUGUGCAGGAGGAGCUCCGAGAUGUCCAGCAAGUUCAAGCCUCUGAGCGUGCCUUUGCAGCCAUCCUGGCAGGUGGAUCGGUGUUGUGUUGGGGAUCCUCUCAGAAUGGUGGUGAUUGCGCCGCCGUCCAGGAUCUGCUAGUGGACGUCAGCUGCAUUCAGGCUUCGAGAGGUGCCUUCGCCGCGAUCCAUGCCAGCGGGUUAGUGACCACCUGGGGUCAUCCAGACUAUGGCGGGGACAGCGCUGCAGUGCGGCAGCAGCUUACGCAAGUACGACAGAUCCAAGCGUCAGGAAGAGCAUUCGCCGCAAUUCGGCAUGAUGGAUCCGUCGUCACUUGGGGUUGUGCCGACCAUGGAGGGGACAGCACUUCUGUCCAGACGCUUCUGAAGAAUGUCGAACGCGUUCAAGCAUCUGACACGGCGUUUGCUGCAAUUCUCCUUGAUGGAUCUGUGGUGACGUGGGGUUACCACAAGAUCAGCAGAGACCUAGUGCUGGAGCAGUUCCGGGCGGUUCAGCAACAGCUGCAAGGUGUACGGCAGAUCCAAGCAUGCCAGAGCUCUUUUGCGGCCAUCCGGCAUGAUGGACGUGUGGUGGGCUGGGGUCCGGUCGGGGUCUUGUCAGCUGGUCUGCAAGCUCAGUUGAGAGAUGUGCGGCACAUACAAGCAUCGAGCCAGGCCUUUGCUGCCAUUUGUGGAGAUGGAUCUGUCGUUACCUGGGGAUCGGAUGGGGCCGGGGGCGACAGCAGCGCUGUCCAGCACCUGCUCCGCGAUGUGCAGCAGAUCCAGGCGUCUGAGCGAGCCUUUGCUGCUCUCCUUCGAGAUGGACGGAUGGUAACUUGGGGCGAUGCAGGCUACGGGGGCGACUGCAGUGCUCUUCAAGAUAGGCUGCUGCAUGUGCAGCAGAUUCAGGCUUCCAAGCGCGCUUUUGCUGCAGUCUUAGCAGAUGGAUCGGUUGUAACUUGCGGAUUCCCCGAGGAGGCUGGCGCCGAGAGCAGCUGA